AUGUUUAAACUAAUUGUCUUAACAGUGGUUGCCGUCAAUAUAUGCACUGCUGAUGUGCACCCCUGGGAGCCCCAACCCGGGGAUGGGGGUUGGAUUCAAAGGCAUCAACAGUUAGAGAAGUACACGACUGACCAUAAGAGUCAGAUUAAGGCCUUCUUCAUCGGCGCCUCCAUUACAGACUACUAUCAGUCGGACGGUAAACAGUUGUGGGAAUCAUAUUAUGUGCCCAAAGGGGCCGCCAAUUAUGGCAUAGGAGGUGACACCACAUCUAACGUAUUGUGGAGAAUACAGAAUAAAGAGGUCGACGGACUCAACCCCAAAGUGAUUGUCGUGUCGUGUGGCCCCGGAUAUAAUACAAUGAACAGAAACCCCUCCCCCUCUGCAAAUGAUGUCUUAAGAGGUUUGGAAGAGAUUGUCAAUGAAUUGAGGGCUAAAUUUCCGGCGAGUAAAGUGAUAAUCAUAGGACACACGCCUUAUAUCAUCCAAAUUUGCCGACGAUUCAACGAAUUGAGGGCUAAAUUCCCGGCGAGUAAAGUGAUAAUCAUAGGACACACGCCUUAUAUCAUCCAAAGUAUUAGCGAGAGAUCCAAACAAAUCAAUGCAGAGCUCAAGAAGUUUGCCGACGAGAAGAAUGUAUUCUUCAUUGAUUUGACACCACAUCUGGUGGACAGUAAGGGUCAACAACUGCCACAACUCUUUAAGUCGGAUCACUUGCACUUCACUCUCGAGGGAUACAAAGUAUGGCAUCAAAUCAUGAUGAUUGGCAUCAAUGUAUGCACUGCCGAUGUACACCCCUGGGAGCCCGAACCCGGGAGUGGGGGUUGGGUUCAAAGGCACCAACAGUUAGAGAAAUACACGGUCGACCAUAAGAGUCAGAUUAAGGCCUUUUUCAUCGGUGCCUCCGGUGUAGACAACUAUCAGUCGGACGGCAAACAGUUGUGGGAAUCAUAUUAUGUACCGAAAGGGACCGCCAAUUAUGGCAUAGGAGGCGACACCACAUCUAAUGUGUUGUGGAGAAUACAGAAUAAAGAGAUGGACGGACUCAACCCCAAAGUGAUUGUGGUGUCCUGUGGCCCCGGUUUUAAUACAAUGAACAGAAACCCCUCCCCCUCUGCAAAUGAUGUCUUAAGGGGUUUGGAAGAGAUUAUCAACGAAUUGAGGGCUAAAUUCCCGGCGAGUAAAGUGAUAAUCAUAGGACACACGCCUUAUAUCAUCCAAAGUAUUAGCGAGAGAUCCAAACAAAUCAAUGCAGAGCUCAAGAAGUUUGCCGACGANGUGAUAAUCAUAGGACACACGCCUUAUAUCAUCCAAAGUAUUAGCGAGAGAUCCAAACAAAUCAAUGCAGAGCUCAAGAAGACUGCGGACGAGAAGAAUGUAUUCUUCAUUGAUUUGACACCACAUCUGGUGGACAGUAAGGGUCAACAACUGCCACAACUCUUUAAGUCGGAUCACUUGCACUUCACUCUCGAGGGAUACAAAGUAUGGCAUCAAAUCAUGAGUCCAUUGUUUGAACAACUUUUGCAAUGA